AGGUCUUAGUAACUUGAGUGAACAUUGUUCUAGAUAGAUAUAGAGAGAGAGAGAUGGAGUACUGGCUGAGGAAGAGCGGCAUAGCAACGCCGGCGGCGGCGAUUGCGGUGGUGUGUGCAGUAUUAGUGUUGCUACCACCGCAAGUGUCAUCGGUUCGAUAUAUAGUUGGGGGGAACAAAGGCUGGACCAGCAAUGUAAACUACACUAUCUGGGCACAGGACAAGCAUUUCUACACAGAAGACUGGCUCUUCUUUGUUUAUGACAGAACUCAAACGAACGUACUAGAGGUAAACAAAACGGACUAUGAGAACUGUAAUUCUGAUCAUCCUCUCCAUAACUGGACAACUGGAGCUGGAAGAGAUGUGGUUCCUCUUAAUGUGACUAGGCAUUUUUACUUCAUUAGUGGAAAAGGGUACUGUUAUGGAGGCAUGAAAUUGGCUGUUCUUGUUGAGAAAAUGCCACCGCCGUCGGCUCCAAUACACGCUAAGGGCGGUGCAGACCGUGUUUCCUUUUUUCAAGGACAGAUUAUCAUACCUUCUUUCUUAGCUAUUGCAGCUGUAUGGGAUUCAUUUGUCAGGUUCUGCUAGCCCAACAAUUUCAAAAGUGUGUGUGUUUGUGAUUUGAUUUGAUUAUUACAUUAUAUUAAUUCCUUCUUAAUUAGUUUAUUUGAUGGAUUUUAAGUACCCAUUAAUGUUAUAUACUCUAUUUUCUUUCUAAAUAUGAUUGAUUGAUG